GUGUGCCAAAAACAACGUUGCCUUCACCUUCUGUGAUGACUUUAACAAGUGUGUAGCUGCGAUGUUCCCGGACUCUGUUAUCGCACGGAAAUUCUCAUCUGGAAAAACCAAAGCUACGCAGCUCAUGAAAGGUAAGUUGAGUUAAAUUAGGUAUGAGUAUUGUGUAUGCCUAUUUAAUAAUGUCCCAUAAACAUACUGUAGGCUAAUUGUUAGCUAAUUUCUGAGCGCUCACUCAACAGGUGCCAUAGCAACAGAGCUAGAUGACGAGUUGGCCAAAACAUGCCGGUCUCAACCAUUUUCACUAAUGUGCGACGAAUCGAACAACAGAAAAAUGGACAAACAGUUCGUCAUCCUGGCUAGACUCUACGAUGAGGCAACUCUCCAGGUCGCUACACGAUUUAUGGAGAUGCCUAUAUGUAACGUUGGAAAUGCAGAAAAUUUGUAUGAAAAACUGAGUGAAGCACUAAGGUAUGGAACUUAUCUGUGCUGUUGCCGUGUGUAAUAGUUGACAUUUAAUUGUAAUCUUACGUUUGUUUAUACGUUUUGGGGUAUUUUUUCCUGUUUUCAAUAGAAAAAGAGGCAUUCCAUGGGAGAACCUGAUAGCCUUUAACUCAGAUAAUGCGAGUGUCAUGAAAGGCAGGCACAACUCUGUUAUCAGCAGACUGAAGACCAGCCAGCCCCACAUCCAGGACCUUGGUUGUAUCUGCCACCUGGUACAGCUAGCCACUGGUUGUGGCAUCAGAGCAUUACAGGUACCAGUGGAAGACAUCUUGGUGGGGAUAUACAGUCACUUUGAUAAAAGUGCCAAAAGGUGUGAAAUCUACAAAGAGUUUGUAGAUUUCACUGAUUCAGACCAUCUGAAGCUUCUCAGGUACUGCAGCACCAGAUGGCUGAGUCUGUUAACCUGCAUCCAGAGAGUGUUGAACCAGUGGGAUGCACUACAGGCCUACUUUAACAGUCAUGAGGAGGUGGAGAGAAGUGCCAAAGUGCGUGAUCUGGGAAGUCAUCUGAGUGAUCCAAUCAUGAAGACCUACUUCCUGUUCCUGAGUGCUGCUCUUAAGCCUUUAUCUGAAUUUAACAUUGCCUUCCAGUCAGAAGGAGUACAAAUUCAUAGACUUGAAGAGGAAAUGUGCAGGCUGAUCAGGAGGAUCCUGGGGUGCCUCAUACCAGCCAGGGACAUCGUGGGUGUACCUCUCAGGGAGGUGGAGUAUGGAGAAGGACAUCAGUUGGCUGAUGAAGAGCUCUUUAUCGGAGCAGACACAAAGGCAUUCAUAAAAACAACAGAGCUCCCAGUGUCAGCUGAGAAAAAAAUUUUCAAAUCCGUGAGAAGAUUCUAUGAAGCAGUGCUUCGGAAGAUGUUCUCCUCCUUUCCACUUGACCAUCCACUUCUGAGGGACAUGAAAGUGCUGGACCCUGCUGCCCGCCUCAGCAUUAACCCAGGGACAGGUAGAUGUUAGUCAGAUCAUAGAAUGAAUUAAUUAAUGGUUUAGUUUUACAAUGUUCACACACAUGCUUUACUUUACAGUGGAAAGGCUAGUGGCCCUGUUCCCCCAGUUGAGCUUGAAUGAGGAUAGGCUAAGAGAGGAACUCAUUGACUACCAGGUGACAGAUAGCAAGCAACUCCCUCAAGAAGACAAAAUUGACAGAUUCUGGGGCCUGGUAGGAAAGGAUGUGAGGUUCAGUGAGCUGCCAAGACUAAUGAAAGCUUUACUAUGCAUUCCCCACAGCAAUGCCAGUUCUGAAAGGGUGUUCAGCAUGGUGAGAAAGAUAGUUACAGAAAAUAGGAUGUCAUUAGACAACAGCACUGUUUGUGGUUUACUCUCAUGUAAAAUGAACCACUCUGGCCCAGCCCACAAAUACACUCCUUCCAAAAAAGUGUUAAAGGAUGCAAAGUCUGCAACAACUCUCUAUAACAAGUCAGUGAAUGCCAGAGUACCACAAAAGUGAACAUGAACUGUGAACUAAAAAAUGCAAUGUGUGAUGUGUAAUGUAUAUUGUGUGAAAAUAAUGUAAAUUUGUGAAAAUAAAAUGUUUAAUCUUAAGACAAGCAAUGUGUUUAUAAACUGAAAAUAUUAAAAAUAAAUAAACG